CGAGCCGCAGUUGACCGAUGUCCACAGUGUGACCUGCGGUGUGUGCUGGCGGGGAACGCUGAAAAAAUUGCGCCCAUGGAACGGUAGAACCGUAGCCAGUGCCUCGGCUUCCGAUUGACGUGUCGCCGCCUGGAGCCCGUCUCGCGGGCGGCCGGUGUCUGUCCCGCCGACCGGCUGUGGACGGUCGGUGCGCACCGCCGGCAGCGGACGGACAGGCGGCAGUAGCCGGUGGUGUCGCCGACCGGGCGGUCAUCCGCGCUCCGCUCCACACGGCGCUAUGGCCGCGCCCGCCCCCCGCCUUCUGGUCUCAGCACUGCUGGCUAUCGGCGCCGCCCGGCUGGUCUCAGGCACGCCAUGCCCGGCCGACUGGCUGCAGAGCGGAGCCUGGUGCUACCUGACCAAUACCUCGAGCACGCUGAGCUGGGCCGGCGCUCAGGAGCACUGCCAGGAGCACGGCGGCUCUCUGGUGAUGAUGGAGGACCGUAGCAAACUACUGGACGUGGUCGACCUGCUCAAAGGUCUGAACUCUGCCCCGGCCGCGCCGGUGCCGGCGCCGCUGCCGCUGCGGUGGACCGACGUCCCGCAGAUGCCGCCGCUGCCUCCGGACGAGCACCGCCGGCUGCUUUCACUGCUCAGCGGACCGGCCGCGCUGGGUUACGCCGUGGGCCUCGAGAGACGCUGGUGGAUUGGCAUACGCAAGACGUCCGGAACCACCAGCAUGGAGGAGAGGCAGGACGGCGCCUUCGACAACUUCGGCGAGGAGAAAGUGAUUAAAAACGCCAGUUCCGGCGAAUCGGGCGCUCACCAGUGCGUCUUCCUGACGGCCGCCGACGGCUUCUGGUACUGGACCGCCUGCGACACGCCGCUCAACUACGUCUGCCAGAAGGCGGCCGACCGCGUCCAGGUGGCCGUGGUGAGUCCGGACCGCCAGCGGCCCGACCCGGUCUGGCUGCGCGCCCACGAGGCCGCGCUGCUGGCCGGCCUGCGCCCCGCCGACGACUCCACCGACGACAAGGGCGAGUACAGCGCCUCCAAGGCGACCAUGACGCCGAUACCGCCGCCCUCCACCACCACGCCGCUGCCGCCGACGCUGGGACCGGCGCCGUCGGGCGGCGGCGGCUCGACGGCGGCGCCGGCCACCACCACCCCGUCGCCGUGCACCGGGGAGAACUGGUGGCUGCUCACCAGCCGCUGUCAUCAUAUCUUCCUGGACGCCAAGAGCUACGCGGAGGCGGAGCAGUCGUGCGCGGACAAGGGCGGCCACCUGGCGCAGUUCGACAGCGAGGAGGCUCAAAGGACGUUCCGGGCGCGCUACCAGCUCAUCUCGGGCUCGGUGUGGAUCGGUCUGUCGCGGCCCGACCAGCGCUCCGACUUCCGCUGGGCCAGCGGCGGCCAGCCGGCGUUCGCCGCCUGGGCACCCGGUCACCCGAACGCCAACCGUACCUGUGUCACACUCGACCUGAGAACGGCGAAGUGGUUGUCUACCGAUUGUGCGACGAAAAAGCCGUUCGCCUGCUGCCGGAGUGUGGACGCCACUGAGCGCCCGCCGACAGUGACCACCACACCGGCCCCUGUGUCAGCGGCCUGCGGCGGCGGCGACUGGUGGCAGUUCGGCUCCACCUGCCUGCUGCUCGUCUCCAACUCCCCGGCCAGCUGGCACGCCUCGGAACUCGACUGCCGCGGCCGCGGCGGCACGCUCGUCAAAGUCACCAGCGUCGCACUCAACCAGCACAUCCGGGGAAAGCUGAGCGGAGUCUCUGCGUGGAUCGGUCUGACCAAGCUGAACUCGGCCAGCGCCUACCGCUGGACGGACGGCUCGGCGGUGGCGUUCGCCAACUGGUCGGGCGCCUCGACCACCGGCACAGACAUGGCCAGCUGCGCGCUGCUGGACGGCGGCCACGGCUACUGGCGCGCCGUCAACUGUAACGCGCCGCAGCCGCACGUCUGCCAGCGGCCCGUGUACGGCGGCCGGCCGCAGCUGGCGCCGCCCGAGCAGCCGGCGCCGCGCUCCAGCUGCCCCGACAGCUGGCAGUCGUACGGCGUCGACCGCUGCCUGCGGCUCGUCAACCGCAACAUGAGCUGGACAGAGGCGCGCCAGUGGUGCCGCGACCAGGCCGACGGUGGCGACCUGAUCAGCGUUCCCAACGCCGUCUACCAGGCAUUCCUCACCUCUGCCGUGCGCGGCUCCAAGGCGAACCUGUGGAUCAGCCUAUCGUACGACGAGGUGGACCACCAGCGCUUCCUCACCUGGACCGACGAGACACCGGUCAACUACACCAACUGGGCGCCUGGACAGCCGUCCACGCUGUGUGACACCUGUCCCAAGACGUGCGGCGUGAUCGACGGCAGGCGCACCACCAGCGCCGCCACAUGGAGCGACGUCGACUGCUCCAUGCGGUACGGCGCUGUGUGCCAGCGGCCGGCCACGCCCAACAACUCGCUGGUCAUCACACAGACGUUCUGCAACAACACCAAUUCGUACGUGGCCACCGGCGGCUCGUGCUACAAGGUCAGCCACGACUCGAAGACGUGGCACGACGCGACCGACGUGUGCCAGGCGGACGGCGGCGCGCUGGCUUAUGUCGGAGACCUGUUCGACAACGCUGAGCUGGUGAAGCUGCUGUUCCGGCACAGCAGCGACGUGUACUGGCUGGGCCUUAGCGAUACCGCGCGUCACGGGAUGAUGGAGUGGACCAGCCCGUGGCCGCCGGUCGCCACAUUUGUCAACUGGGACCCCGACUACUCGCGCAAGCCGACGCGCGACUCGUGCGCCGCGUUUGUGCCCACCUCGGGCCGGUGGCAGCACCGCGACUGCGCGCUGGAGCGGCACCCGUUCGUGUGCCAGGUGGCGCCCGAGCGGCAGGCGGCUGCCCAGCCCGGGGGCCGCUGCUCGGCCGUCGAGGGCUGGAUCGCCGGCGACUCGCGCUGCUACCGCGCCUUCGAGCCGAGCGGCGCCGGCUUCAACUGGACAGAGGCCAAGACUGGCUGUGAACAGCGCGGCUACCAGCUGGCCACUGUCUCGUCCGUCACCGACUUCUGGGCCACCCGGGACGCCGUGCAGACGCUCUCCUCGCGGCUCAGCGCCUGGAUCGGACUCAGCAGUCGGCAGAAUAAAGAGUACAACUGGGCGGACGGCAGCCCGAUGGCGUACCGGGCGUGGCAGCGCAGUGAGCCCACCCGGCCGGCCGGCUGUGUGCAGGUGUCCCGACACAUGAACGGCCGGUGGGAGACGGUCGACUGCGGCCGCCGGACGGCCUACAUCUGCAUGAAGGCAAUGAAAGGACCUGGCGCAGGUGCCAUCACGGGUGGAGAGAGCUCCGGCGGCGGCGGCGGCGGCUGGACGGCGUUCGGCGUGGUGGUGCUGGUGCUGGUGCUGACGGCGGCGCUGGCCGGCCUCGGACUGUGGUUCGCCCGCCGACAGCGCGCUGCCUGGCUGCCCUCCUGGCUGCUCAGCUCGCGCGGCACCCACCACUCGGUGGAGAACCUGGCCUACAGCCGGCACCAGAACUCCGACAGCGCCGAACUGACUGUGGAUAAUGGGAACCUGGAUACGAUCGCCGCCCACCGGUUUGGCUCUGAGGAGCAGCUGGUUAUGCGGGAGGAUUGAGAAAACGCGAGGUGGGGCUCCAGUGGCCAGACCCUGUCGGCGAAACACCCCCACAGCACCUCAUGGACAUUGGACACCGCUGCAGUGAAGGGUGCACGCGGACCUCGGUGCGAGUCACCGACAUAUAUGGUAAACUGGGCAUCAUGUUUUACAAUGCUUCCACUCAGUGAUUGUGUAUGAAGAGAAGGUCGAAUGAGGGAAGAUUCAGUUUCCCAGUUUUAGAUAUUCAAUGGGCAUAUUCUUGUUUUAGGAUCUAUGUUUGUAUCAUGAAUACCUAUCCAUGAUCUAGCGUUCGCUUAAACACGACAUAUUACUUAUAAAUAUAUAUUGUGAUACUUUG